CUCCCGGAAGGUCGAAGUAGUCUCAGCAGAAUCGGACCCCAUGGCAGCGGGAAACAUUGGAAACAUGUUCGAAGGCGGUGAAUGGCACAAUACGGGCUCCGCAAAAUUUGGACAGGAAUUAUUUUACCCCUAUGAACACCUACGCAACGACAGAUGGGGACGUAUGGGCUACCCUCCAAAGCCAGACUACGAUUUUCUACAGGCAAAAGAAAGAGACCGGGCUCGCUUCCAGCCGACACGCCUGUUCCAUGUCACCACCUUUACCGGUGCCCGAGGAAUCUUCUCCAGCGGCACUUUCAGCAGCCAGAAUCCGAAGAAAAUUGGAGUGAAAGUGAGUGAAUAUUUCUCAUGGUGGAGUUUUGAAAUAGCUGAAGAUGAGAAGAAGAGAGAGAGAAACAAGUACCAAAAGAUCAUAGAAGACAAACCUGAGUCUUCAGUCACAAUACAUCAAUUCUUCAGCUCUCCUUCUUUCCAAGAGGAAUCUCGAUACGGGAAUUUCAAGUUCACCUACGACAUGGAGAGUCUGUUCGAGAUGUACGAGAACUCGGUGUGUGGCGGCAGUCGAGCCGAGUUCCGGGUCCUGGGCACCUACACAUACAAGCAGGAGGUCAUGCACGUCGUGGUGGUGUGUCCCUCGGAUGUCGCUCCCUUGUUCAGCAGCUGCCCCCUCGUUGGCGACGACACCCAGGCGGUCGUUUUCAAAUCCGACCAAGGUUGGUGUUGGAGACCCGAUUCAACCCGAUACAUCGGUAAGCCUUACGGCUGCUGGGAUCACGUCUCCUUGGCUUUCCACCUGCCCCCCAAGAACCCGGAGUUCAAGCUCCCUCCCGGAUACCCGCCAGUCACCUACUGCGGGGAGUCGGGGAAUCUUCUCAAACCGAGCGAUAUUACACCGGAGUGUGAAUUUGAUCAGUGCUUGGAGACAUUGCGAGAGAUAUGUGUGGGAGCGAGUGGCUGAGCUGAAAAUUCACUAUCCGCAGUUAGAUAUGUAGGAUGAAACUGUAGAUGCUGGUUUACUCCAGACACUUUAUGUCUAUCUUACAAGUUUCUUAGAUACUUAAGCUUAGUUUAUUGUCACGUGUACAAAGGUACAGUUUGAAGCUUUUGUUGCGUGCUCGUCAGUCAGCAGUUAGAAGGUAUAUCUCCAUCUUCUAUUUUAUUAUUUAUUUUCUUUCCUUUCACACUGUCUCCUCCCCUUCCUUAACCCUCGAGCUGUCUCGAGCUUCGCUCCAUAGAUGCUGCUGCACGCGCUGAGUUUCUCCAGCAUUUUUGUGUACCCUGGUUACUUUCAAAGACUGAUGAACAAGGACCCCCCAGAUCCCGUUGUACUUCCCCUUUUCCCAACUUGAAACCAUUUAGAUAGUAAUCUGCCUUCCUGUUUUUGAUACCAAAAUGGAUAAGCUCAAAUUUAUCCACAUUAAACUUCAUCUGCCCACUCCCCCAAUCUAACAAACGGCAUAAUUUAACACCAGAUAAUUUGAAAACAAUGCUAGUGAUUAUGUGCAACCAGGCAACUUUGGUCAUAUAAUGUGGAAUACCUUUAUAUUAUCAGUUUUCACCAUAUUUUGGUGUUGGAAAUACAUGCCUUUUUAUGCCUUUUUUGUCAAUGAAUGCCUUUUUCGUGCCUUUUUUGUAAUAUUAUUAUGCCUAUUUGCCCGCCUAUUUCAGAGAUUUUUAGCACCCAAACAUCCUGGCUCUAGUUAUCAACUUCAAAUGGGCGGUGGCUUGGUUUGUGUUCCAUUUUAUGGUCUAUGGGUGUGCUCUACAUAUGCAAAUGAAUUUAUCUUUAGAAACUCUGUAUGCCACACAAUUUUACUAUCAAUACAUUGUUGUACCUGUCAUUGCUGACAGUUAGAUGACUUUAACCUUCAAUAAAGUGUGUUAAUAGAUUGUCUGUCCUUA